CUCGUCAGUCUCCUGCUGGUCUUCGGGAACAGGAGCUGCUGGUCUGCUGGGAGCGCUCUCCUACUCGGGCCUGACCCAGAGUGGUCUCUGCCCCCGGAAUACCGUGCUCCUGAUGGUCAUCGUCCCCAUCGUCCUGUGCUCCAGUUACAUGUUCCUCCUGGUGAAACCCCCCAGGCUGAGGGUGGGGCAGGAUCCCCUGGGACAGGGGCAGCAGCAGGAGGAGGAGGAGGGGACACCCAUCAUGGGGCAGCACGGACCGCACAGAGCGCGAUACAGGAAACUGACGUUCAGAGAGAAACUGACCAUCGUUCAGUCUCUCCUGAAGUAUAUGGUCCCACUGGGAACAGUGUAUUUUGCCGAAUAUUUUAUUAAUCAGGGAUUGUUGGAGCUGAUGUUUUACCGGAACAUCUUCCUGGAUCAUAACGCGCAGUAUCGCUGGUACCAGACCAUCUAUCAGCUCGGGGUAUUCCUCUCCCGAUCGUCGGCAGAAUGUGUCCAUCUCCGUCGCAUUUGGAUUCUCGCUGUUUUACAGUUUUUGAACAUAGUGUUCCUGGCAGCCAACGUGUGGACCAUCUUUGUGCCCACCAUCUGGAUUAUCUUCAUACUCAUCCUGUACGAGGGCAUGCUGGGAGGGGCGGCGUACGUCAACACGUUCAGGAACAUCAGCAUCGAGGUCCCAGAUGAGCACCGGGAGUUUGCCAUGGGAGCUGCGUGUGUUGCUGACACCCUGGGGAUAGCUAUCUCUGGGGCCAUUGCUGUCCCCCUCCAUGAUUAUCUCUGUCGCCUGGCCUGAGGCUGGGGUCUGGGCUGGGGACGAGGUGGUAGUGGGGGAGUGCGGCCCCUAUUCUCCCGGGUACCCCCCUCCCCUUACUCACCUCCAACCUUCUCUCAAAUCCCGAAUCGAUCCAACUCUCUCACAGCACCCUGUCUCUGUGUGUCUCUCUGAGUGUGUGUCUGUGCGUGUGUCUCUGUGAGUGUGUAUCUGUGUGAGUGUGUGUCUCUUAGUGAGAGUGUGUGUGUGUGUGUGUCUCUCUGUGUGUGUCUGUCUGUAUGUGUCUCUCUGAGAGUGUCUCUCUCUAUGACUGUGUCUGUGUGUCUCUCUCUCUGUGAAUGUUUGUCUCUGUGUGUGUGUGUGUCCCUCUCUGUGAGAGUGUGAGUGUGUCUGUGUAUGUUUGUCUCUGUGUGUCUGUGUCUCUAUAUGUGUCUGUGUUUGUGUGUAUGUUUUGUGUGUGUGUGUGUGUGUGUAUAUCUGUGUGUGUGUGUGUGUAUAUAUAUCUGUGUGUGUGUGUGUGUGUAUGUAUAUAUGUGUGUGUGUGUGUAUAUAUGUGUGUGUGUGUGUAUAUAUGUGUGUGUGUGUGUAUGUAUGUGUGUGUGUGUGUAUGUAUGUGUGUGUG